ACUAGUCCACUCCUUCACUUAAGUCUAUACACUUGAACCAGUCUUUUUCUUUAAGCAUACUUAAAACACCACAUUCAUUUACAUUUUUAAAUAUUCUAUCCAGUUAGAAGUAUGUUGAGGUCACUCUUUACACUCACCAACCUUCUUCUAUCCACUGCGGUAGCCUUGCCAUCCGGCAUCAUACGUAGUAGCCAUAUUUCAGGCGGCUUGUCCGCCCGGGGAUCCUGCGCGACGCAGGCGUUCGACGCCACCAACGACGGCGACCAAGGGGGUGCCGGGAUUAAACUAAGCAACAGCGGUAACGGAACUCGCAGCUUCUUCGUGUACGAGAACAGCUGCGACAGCAUACCGCUCAAAUAUGUGACUGUUAACGCCGGGGAGACCAAAUUUGUAGCGUUACCGCAACUGUUCCAAGGCCGCAUCGUGCGUGGCAAUGAUUCCAACUUAGACGGACAGCCACACUUGCUAGGUACCUGGCUCGAGAUCGGACUAGACGGUACUGGCAAGGGCUACGGUGAUAUAUCACUAAUACGAGGUUGCGAUGGUCCUGUGACUCUUGUCGCCGAAGAUGGGACAGGUGUGGCUACCGGCUUCGAUGACUUGAGUGUAUUAGCGGAUGCACCUGAAGGCAUCUUCGAGAUCGAUAGUGACGGAUCGAAAGUUAUCGAAGCCACUGAGGGCCUGCUUUCUGCAGUCGUCGACCCCGUGAGGGACUACCUCGCUAGCAAGCUCGGCUACGAGAAGGCGUACAUCGACGACUACCACGGCAAUCCUGUCAUUUGCUCCUCCAACGAACGAUUCAGUGCUGCAUUCUACUAGGAGAUCAAUAAAAGCCACCGCAUAAGCUUGGGACUUCGGCGUGGCGUUUAGGGAGUCUGGAGACAGGGAAGUUUGACACGACCGGUAUUCAGAUGGGUAAAAACAAGUUCAUAAAGUUUGAGGAUAUCAGUGGAAAUGCAGAGCCUGUUGUUGGCUUCUAUAAUAUUCUUGUACAUAUUAUAUCCAGGUUUUGGGAUAGAUAUCCACCUGGGAAUUUGGCAUAUGAGCAUUGCUCUGCGGGCAAUUUUCACUUCUGAGGCAUAUUAAAUUGACAAAGGGGCGAACUGAUAGUUAGUUUUGCUUAUAACUACCAAAUUAUAUUAUACUUUUGAAC